AAGCGUCGUCAGGCAGGCCGGGUCAAUAUCAAUUGGGCAGGUAGGUACAGGAGGAGCAGGCGGAGAGAAUGGUCAGGGUCACAAGCCAGGGAUCAAAACAGGAGAAGUCAGCAGAGGUCAGGAUCAGGCAGGGUCAGCAACAAAGACAGGAACAGGAAUGCAGGUUACAAGAAACAGGGGCCCAUGGAAAAACACACACCAAGGCCCAGACUGCAGGUCUGGCCAUCCCUUAAAUACACCUGCAAUCAGCCCCAGGUUAUGGCUAAUUGCCGAAGUGAACCUCUGGUUGUUGAGAGCACCCGCUGGCCAGCCCUGGUACUGCAGCCCACAAGGCAGGUGAGUCCCACCACUAUUGGCAAGUCCAUUCCUGACAAAUUGCUUGCAGUGAAG